GUUCAAAAAAUAUUAGUCUUCAUCAAACUAGUCAAAUAGACGUGCUUUUUAUUUUAUUUAGUUUAGUGUGCGAUGGAAAAUCACUAAACAUCAUUAUUUCAACUAUAACGAGUUUUAGUGAACCUAAUUGAUAUUUAAUUCGAGCGCUAUCGUUUGAUAUUUUACGAGUAAUUAAUAUAUUUUAAACAAGAGCGUAAAUUAGUUUUUGAUUUAAUUCGAGUUGUGAAGUUUGUUUGAGUGAUUGGGUGAUCAAAUAUUUAAACCAGACAAACAAUUUAUUGCAUUUGAUUUCGAAGAGCGAUUUCGGAUCCGCGCACGCGCCGUCGUCGCUAUCCGGUACUCUUUACUGACGCACGUCAAAAUAAAAACUAUAGAUUUAUCGAUUAACUCUGACUAGAAUAACAAGCUAAAACACUGAGUGUUCAAUGUGAAAAAAGCAAAAAAAUGUGUGAUUGUUAACAAAAAAAAUAGAGUUAAAAAAGUGCUUUAAAAAAUUACCUGUUAAAAAAUCAAGUUUAAAAAAUAUGGGUUGUGAAUUAGCAAAGUUGGCAGCUUCGGAGCGUCAUCACGAUGCUAUCAUCAACAGCCCCCCACCGGCUGGUGACCCCAGAUCACCCCUGACUCCUAAACAACAGUACUGCAUGCUGGCUUCGUGGAAAGGAAUCUUCAGACAAAUUGAGAAGACUGGCAUUUUAUUGUUUAUCAAAUUAUUCGAAGAAAACAAAGAUUUACUACAUCUAUUUGAGAACUUCGGCGAGCUCCACACGGCUGAAGCUCAGAUGAGUUCCGAGGAGUUAGCAGAACAUGCUACGAAGGUGAUGCACACCCUGGAUGAGGGGAUCAAGGGGUUGGGAGACAUUGACGCCUUCUUCGCGUAUAUCAGGCAUGUUGGAGCCACGCAUCAUCAGGUGCCUGGGUUCAAGGCUGAGAAUUUUUGGAAAAUUGAGCAGCCGUUCCUUCAAGCAGCUAAAACGACCCUCGGCGACCGAUACACGCCGAACAUCGAAAAUAUUUACAAAAAGACUAUUAAAUUCAUAUUAGAAAACUUGGUGAAGGGCUAUGAAGAAUCAGGGGUAGAAAACGGCAAAGGACAAUCUUGACAAACUUGAAAAUAUAGAUUAUUAAUAAAGUAUCAACUGUUAAUCAGUGUUUUACCUGUAGUACGGUAGACUGCACAUCAGUGGUAACUGUCAUGCACCUUAACUCAAUAGUACUAAGUACGAUUUUCCUAUAAAACUGUUACCACUGACCUGAAGUUGACUGUACCUACAUGAUAUGAGGCAAUACACAUAGUGGUGAAAAUAUUACUCCACAUUUAAAUUGAAUUAAAUAGAUAUAAGUAUUGAAUACUAUAGUUUUUGGAUAUCUGGGUUCUUUGUUAGUAAAAUUGUAAUUACCUUUUUUAAUAAAUAAUUAUAGACUACUGUAGUUAUAGAUUGAUAUGCUAGUAAGAUACGAAAUCAUAUAAUUAUUACUUUAGGUAAUCAAAUUUUAGUUACCUUUGAUAUUUGUGUGUUAGAGUUAAAACCGAAUUUCUAUUAAUAUAAUUUCUUCUUGAAUCUUCGAAUAGUUUGUUCCGAUUCAUUACAUUUCUGUCUCAUUUUUUCACAAAUCAGAUUUUGGCUAAGAUACUUAACUAAGUUUAAACGAAUUUUUCUGUCUAGAAAUAUCAUAUUUCAGUGAACAUGAGAAAAAAUAUAUUCACUUUCAUAAACACUGAACUUGGGAUCUCUGCCAAGACCUAAGUCCAAGUUUUGCCAAGUUUUAGCUCUAACUUACAGACGCCGUAAGUAUUAUUUAAGUUUUUUCUUGGUCCAAAAACGGUAUGUUAAUUUUUGCAGCUCUUUAUUAUAUUAAACUAGAUUAUUU